AUGCCGAACACUCUGCCUCUUCUGAGAGGUCAAAUUACCUACUCCAAGGCUCAAAAAGAAGAGAUCAACAUAUUACGUCGACUCGAAUAUCCCAACCGACAAAAGAAGUUCUUUGCCAACCUCUCUAACAAUAAUCAGGAUUGGAUCAAGGAUGUUAUAACCCACCAUUUGGGCCUUCGAUCGAAUGAUUUGUGUGAAGUGGCUGAUGUUCAAUAUUGGUUGCAUGGAAGUUUCAACGUCUGUAUUCCAGUCUCUAUCAACGAUUGGCAAGCCAGAAAACAGUCGGGAACUCGAGUUCUCCUUCGAUUGCCUCUUCCAUACCGCCUGGGCGAGGACUUUUGUCCGGGAAAUUGCGAUGAGAAAAUUCGAUGCGAAGCUGGAACGUAUGCUUGGCUGCAAGAGAAUUGCCCUGAUAUCCCCAUUCCUCGUCUUUAUGGCUUUGCCACUUCCGAUGGACAAACUCUCUCGCAUAUCGAGAGUCUUCCUUUGCUAAGCCGCUGUUUCCAACACUUCCGCCGCUUGCUUCUGUCGUUUUUUGGCCAUUCGCUUCCUUCCUCAUACGUUUCCCACCCAUCACGAAUCUCGAGAUAUGAAGGCGACGCCUUGCCUCCGGGUUACAUGGUUAUCGAGUACAUUGAGAGUAAUAGGGGGCAAAUGCUUUCGUCAACCUGGCUGAAAAGAAAUCAAGAUCCUCGCUACCGGCGCAUGCUUUUUCGCGAUUUCUCUCGAAUAUUGCUAAGUCUAGCGCGUAUUCCUCUUCCAUCAAUUGGCUCAUUUGUUAUCGACAAAGACGGCUACCUUCAGUUGGCAAACCGUCCUUUGUCACUCGAAAUUCAAGACCUAGAAAAUGAUCACAUCCCUACGAAUAUGCCACGGUCCCAGACGUACUCGGCCGCUGACUCAUAUAUCAUGGAUCUUCUUGGACUUCAUAAUAGCCGGCUCAGAAACCAAGCCAAUGCGAUAAACAACUUGAGUGAUUACAUAUACCAAGCAUCGGCUUUGACUGGGAUGCAAGCAACUUUUCCAUCAUUCUUCACGAAAGAACUCUGCCGUGGCCCUUUCACUUUCAUUCUCACCGAUCUCCACCAAAGCAAUAUUUUUGUUGACGACGAUUGGCAUAUCACUUCCCUAAUCGACCUUGAGUGGGCUUGCUCUCGUCCAACCGAAAUGAUCCGUACACCUACGUGGCUUACAAACAAAGCUGUCGACGAGAUUUCCGAAGAUGCAGUCGAGUAUGAAGCAGUCAGGUCCGAAUUUAUGGAAAUUAUGGAAAAUGAAGAAGGGUUGUUAGGGGAGGCUUCUGGAAAGGCAAACCUCUCUGGGAUAAUGGACCGGAGCUGGCGAUCUGGAACUUUCUGGUUCUCCCUUGCACUUGCAAGCCCAACUGGUCUCUUUUCGGUUUUUUACAAGCAAAUCCAGCCCCGCUUUAGUCAAUAUUGUAAAAAUCCGGCUGAGGCCUUCCAAGAGACAAUGUCAUGGUACUGGGCCCAGGAUUUUGUGAGGGUUGGGGCCAAAAAGCGGCAAGAUAGAAUUGAGUACGAUACUCGCUUGAGGGCAGCAUUUGGAGUUUCAGACGAGGCAGAUUGA